AUGGGUAACGCGCCCUCCCACCAAGGCGGCGGCUCGCCCCCGACGAAUGACGCGCCACCCUCCUCCGUUCCGCCAAAGGACAAUCGCCCACCCCCUCCUCCCCCCACUCCCCAAACGCCGCUGUUGAUGCCAUACGGCGGACACCUGUCUCCCCAGAACCCGCACGCUCUAAGCCACCCGCAAGCGCACGACUAUUGUAAGGAGGUCGUGUGCGAGCUUAUCUUGGAUAAUCAGUUAGCGCCGUUCUACCGCGGCCUCGACGACUUUGAGGAGGGCUGGGGCGAGGACGACGUCAAGCGGGAACUGAAGGAGGUGCGCGAGAAGGACUAUGACGACGACGUCGACAACUCGUUCACCCGCCGAUUAAAGGACGAGCGCGAUCCCGCGAUCAAGCUCAAGUGGGGCACACCCGAGGAGAAAGCCGAGCGAGCGCGACGGGAGGCAAGGGCCUACCUCGGCGCUGUCGAGUGCCCGAUCUGUUUCCUCAACUACCCGCCCAACAUUAACACGAGUCGCUGCUGCGACCAGCCCCUGUGUACCGAGUGUUUCGUCCAGAUCAAGCGUUCCGACGCCACUGUGACUCACCUUGAAAGCGAGUCUGCGUGCUGCCCGUUCUGUGUCGAGUCCGACUUUGGUGUCAUCUACGAGCGCCCCUCGCCUGUCGCCGGCAACACGCCGAGUAGCGUCGGCACACCGCUUGGCGCGCCUGGCGCUGGCUCUGCGGCCGUUGCCGCGCACGCACUCAGCACGUCGCCCGACCAGGGCGACAGCGGCUUCAGCCAGGCCCUGUCUCUGAGCUCCGAGCCGCUGACGCCGACGACGAGCCGCAACGGCCAGACGCGGAGGAAGAGCGUCAGCUCCAAGGCCAAGGAGGUCAUCACGAUAGACCAGAUCCGGCCCGACUGGGAGGCCAAGCUCAAUGCUGUCAAGGCGGCGGCUGCACGCCGUGCGGCCCGCCGAAUUGUGAUGCGCCAGGUCGGCGAUCGCCUGAUUCCCAUCGGGUACACCUCGUCUCGUGCGACAGGCACUGCCGAUUUCAGCAUGUCGAUUCCGCAAGGGGAAGGUCGACGCUCGAGGCGCACGCGUGAGCGCGAGCGCGAGCUGGAGGAGAUGAUGAUUAUGGAGGCCAUGCGACUGUCGCUCCUUGACCACGAGGAGCACCAGCGCAAGUCUGCGACAGAGACUCAGAACAAGAACCAGCCGCAGGGCGCACCUCAGACUCAGGGUCAGCCGCAGGCUGCCCCGGAGCAGACACGGCGGUUAUCGACGAACCAGCCUCCGGCUGGCGGGCAGACGCCAAGCUCGCCCAUGGGCGCAACGCCCUCGAGCUCUCGGCGCUCGUCUAACGCGGCGGGCACGAUGGCGAGCUGGCGCGCGUCGUCAAACGACGCGCACAACAAUGGGCACGGCGGCGGCCGUGCACAGGCUGCCGCCUCGAAGCUGCUGUCGAAGAUCACUGUGAAUCGCAGCCGUGCCAACUCGAAGAGCUCUGUGCACUUUGCCGCCUCUCCGACGACGAUGGGCGGCGGCUCGAGCUCUUCGAGCUCUGGGCCCGGUCCCUCCAGUGCUCGUGCACGCAGCGCCUCGGCCUCCACGCCGAGCACGAUCUCGUCUGAGCACCACCCGUCUCCGCUCGGAUCGAACAGCCUGGGCCCCGCCAGCCGGCGGAGUCUGGACGUGAACGCGACGCGCACCCAGCCCCAGACACUAGUCAGCGAUAGGGACAGCAUCACCGAGUUUUCCGCCGGUCCCUCAGCGCCGACGCCCGAACGCUCGAACUCGGACCUGAUCGACAUGGGCAGCGUGGAUUCGCAUGAGAUGACGACCACCCCACCCGAUGUCGACGAGCCUUCCACGCCCCGCAUGGCCCCGGCGCAGCCGAGCGCUCCCCAAACCCCCACAGCGAACGUGACCCAGGAACCCCUCGACAUCUCGCCGAGCCGGCACAGCAUGGCCGAGUCGUUCGAGUCGCGCUCGUCCAUGGCCGCGUCGUACACUGACCCAGUGCCGCGGGCUGCGCGAUCCAAGCCGCUGGCUGCGAUGGCUGAUGACGACUAG